GCAACAACCACAACUCACAUGACCAGAGCUUAAAACCUUACAAAAGAGAUCUCGAGUCAAACGGUAACCCUCAAAAGCGCACAUAACAUCACAAUGUGACAAACAACGAAACCCGUUGGAGUGUGUAGAGUUCUCACAAUGAUCGAGCUGGCAGAGAUAGAUACGACGUGCUCCUCGACAGGUCCCUACCGCCACGUCAACGAGGGUCCAGCGACGACGCCGGAACGUGUUAUCGCUAUACCCGACAACGCCGACGGACGAGAUCCUUUCUAUCUUGCCUCCCGGGUCGUUUCGGACCAGGACCUAGACAGUCUCCUCCGCAACCGGAAGCGGGGGCGCAAGGACCAUGUUGCUAAUUUCUAUCGCGAGCAAAACGACGAGAUCCGGCGGUUCUUGGCGGAACCGGAGAAAGAGGGAACAGCAGCAGGAGACAAAGAAAAUGCGUCAAAAGGACUGGCGGCUGCGAUAGCAAUCAAAGGAUCUUUUGUGGCAAAUAUCCUCCUAUCCAUCCUGCAACUCUACGCCGCUAUUUCGUCGGGAUCUAUGUCACUUUUUGCGACCAUGGCAGAUUCGAUCUUCGAUCCUUUCAGCAAUCUGAUCUUGAAUCUGGCUCAUAAAACGAGCGUCAAGUGGGACAUUGAGAAGUUUCCUAGUGGAAAGGCGAGGAUGGAGACCAUCGGAAACAUCGUUUACGCAUGUUUGAUGGCGACUGUUUCGGUGGUCUUGGUGGUUGAGUCUUUGCGCACGAUACUAAGUCAUAGCGGAGAAGAUGUCCUCACUAUCAACAUUCCGUCCGUUAUUUCAGUUGGAAUCGCAUUUGCAGUCAAGUUCGCGCUGUUCUUGUACUGUUUUUCGUUGCGAAACAGCGACUCGCAAAUCCGGAUGCUUUGGGAGGAUCACCGUAACGACUUGUUCGUAAACGCUUUCGGUAUUCUUACCAACGUCGGCGGCGGAAAGUUGAAAUGGUGGAUCGAUCCCGCUGGGGCUAUCGUGAUAAGCAUUGCGAUUCUGGCUUCAUGGAGCAAAACCGCAUAUGAGCAAUUUCAACUGUUGGCCGGUGUUUCGGCUUCCAACUCUUACAUCCGCUUCCUCAUUUACAAGGCACUCACCUUUGACGAAAGGAUACAGAAGAUCGACACGUGUCGAGCGUAUUACUCAGGGCCGAAGCUAAUCGUGGAAGUCGACGUCGUUAUGGAGCCUGCCACUCCAUUGUGGGAAGCACACAAUGUCAGCGAGGCGCUACAGGUGGCUUUGGAAAGAUUGUCUCAAGUCGAAAGGGCCUAUGUGCAUGUGGACUUUGAGACGGACCAUAAACCAGAGCACCGGAGCCAAUAAAAUGCAUAUGGCGACCGGGCUUCCCCCAGUAUUCUCCGGUUCCAUCCGCCGGUCACAGCAUUAUUUCGUUUCAGAGGCGAGACGAGAAAUGGAAGAGUCUUCGUAUACUCCGUUUUGGCCUUGAAACAUUGUCAGUGACAUCCUCCCGGUAGGGUGAUGGCGCGUCCCGUUCAUCUGGCAGUAUCUCUUAGCGUCAAAUAGUUCAUCCCCGAGUGCUUUCCCUCGGCGUGUUUUGCAAACCUUGGAGAACAGUUGGCUUCGGGCGAAAGUCACCUUUUCCGCUUUGUCUAGAUCAAUAGGUUUAAAUCAAUAGGUUUCAACUUCAACCAUUGAAUGAUUCGCUUCCUUGUCCUCACAUCGACGUAAAACUCAG